CUAGGCAGGCCUGGGCGCGGUUAACACCCAGCCAUCGUACUGGCCGCGCCUUUUCUUCCUGUCAGCGGAACAGGCGUGCGUAAGGACGGCGAGUCAGCUGACAGUUAUCGGGGGACCGGGGCAGCGGGUGUGUGAGCAGAGAUUCUGCUCUGCAGACGUUAUAUUUAAGACCAGGCGGGAAGGGAAAAACUCCUGGUGUUGGUGAGAGGACCAAGGUGGUGUUUGGUUUCAUCAUGGCAAGGUGUGUUUGAGAGGCAGCCACAAUGAUUGGAGGACUGUUUAUCUACAACCACAAGGGGGAGGUCCUGAUCUCCCGUGUCUACCGAGAUGACAUAGGACGUAACGCCGUGGACGCGUUCCGCGUGAACGUGAUUCACGCCCGGCAGCAAGUGCGAUCCCCAGUGACCAACAUCGCCCGCACCAGCUUCUUCCACGUCAAACGCUCCAACAUCUGGCUGGCGGCCGUCACCAAGCAGAAUGUCAACGCUGCCAUGGUGUUCGAGUUCCUCUACAAAAUGUGUGACGUCAUGACGGCCUACUUUGGCAAGAUCAGCGAGGAGAACAUCAAGAACAACUUUGUGCUCAUCUAUGAGCUGCUGGAUGAGAUUCUGGACUUUGGUUAUCCCCAGAACUCUGAGACCGGGGCCCUAAAGACUUUCAUCACCCAGCAGGGCAUUAAGGGACAGCACCAGACAAAAGAGGAGCAGUCUCAGAUCACCAGCCAGGUGACGGGACAGAUUGGCUGGCGUCGUGAGGGCAUCAAAUAUCGCCGCAAUGAACUAUUCCUGGAUGUGCUGGAAAGUGUGAAUCUGCUCAUGUCUCCACAAGGCCAGGUCCUGAGCGCCCACGUGUCGGGUCGUGUUGUGAUGAAGAGCUAUCUGAGCGGAAUGCCAGAGUGCAAAUUUGGAAUGAAUGACAAGAUUGUUAUCGACAAGCAGGGCAAGGGAGGAGCGACUGACGAUGCAGCGAAGAGUGAUUUAGGGGGAGGAAGUGGGAAGCAGUCGAUUGCCAUCGACGACUGCACCUUCCACCAGUGUGUGCGUCUGAGUAAAUUUGAUUCUGAGCGGAGCAUUAGCUUCAUCCCUCCUGAUGGAGAGUAUGAGCUCAUGAGGUACCGUACUACUAAGGAUAUCAUCCUGCCAUUCCGAGUCAUUCCUUUGGUCCGGGAGGUGGGUCGCACUAAACUGGAAGUCAAGGUGGUCAUCAAGUCUAAUUUCAAACCCUCUCUGCUGGCUCAGAAGAUCGAGGUGCGAAUCCCAACACCCCUCAACACCAGCGGAGUGCAGGUGAUCUGCAUGAAGGGAAAAGCCAAAUACAAGGCCAGUGAGAACGCCAUUGUUUGGAAGAUCAAACGCAUGGCUGGAAUGAAGGAGUCUCAGAUCAGCGCUGAGAUCGAGCUGCUGCCCACCAAUGAUAAAAAGAAAUGGGCCAGGCCUCCCAUCUCUAUGAACUUUGAGGUUCCUUUUGCUCCGUCUGGCCUGAAGGUCCGCUACUUGAAGGUGUUCGAGUCCAAGCUCAAUUACAGUGACCACGAUGUGAUCAAAUGGGUGCGGUACAUCGGCCGCUCCGGCAUCUAUGAAACGCGCUGCUGAAGCUGGACACCACCAGGCGGCGAUCUGACCACUUCCCUGUUAAGAAUUUGUUUCCUUCUUUCUCCUCCUCCUCUUGUCUUCUUUUCUCCCUUCAGUCUCAUCACUUCUCUCCUAUCAUCCCUCCUUAAAUGGGUGUUGGCGACUGAAUUUGCAUCAUAAAUAAGAGAAAAAAAUAAAUAUGGUAUAAUGCACAGAUAUAUGCAAAAUGUGAACCAUUGUAUCGUUUCUAUCUAGUAGUGGUGAGUAAAUUUGUGAACCAACUGGUGUCUGAAAGGAAAACCAAGCGUGUCAGAGGGAGGGGAGGACUGGGACUUGGAAUGAGUGCUCUGUUGUUUAGUCAGUGUUGUUGCUCCACUUUCUACUCAUUUUAGACAUGACAGUUACAGUUGGUGAGAUGGUUUCUUGAUGUCAUUUCUCUGUACAUUUACUCAAAAACAAUUGAAUAUCUGAACAUUUUUCCCCCAGAAUUUGAAUACGAAAACUUUCAAAAUAGUCUUCUUUUUUUGGGUGUAGUUUAAAAAUGACUUAGAUGUUUGUUUUUUGUAUUAUUCCUUUUCUGCGCUCUUUAAUGCGUUGUCACAGAAUUUCAGAGGCAAAAGUUGCUGUUGUCCCCGAUGUGCUACUUAAGUCGUACCCCCCCACACACACACACGUUAAAGCACUAAGAUGAACUUUGUCACACUAGUAGAUGUGAAGAUCAGUCCCUGGAGUGUUUGCAGUGACAUGAGGUCUCCCCCGGUGUUUGCUUCGCCACCGUUAGCUUCUUCAUGUUUGUAGCCCUGGUGACUGUUCUGUCCAAUAAACUAUGUAACCAAACCA